GCUGUUUGUUGAUUCGGAGAAUAUGGAUCUUCGUCCAGAGAUCCCACCCGCCUCUCAGGCAGGGUCGCAGGUUCAUCCAGGCGCUGCUGCUGCGGCGGCCGCUGCCGCCUCCAUACCAGUUUCAAUGGCAGGUAGCCUGUUAAGGGCCCCGCCGCUGUUGCUUCGCGCUACGGAGAAGUAUCCAAGGACGCCCAAGUGCGCCCGGUGCAGGAAUCACGGCGUGGUAUCCGCGCUCAAGGGGCAUAAGCGCUACUGCAGAUGGAAAGACUGUAUGUGUGCCAAAUGCACCCUGAUCGCGGAGAGACAGCGCGUGAUGGCCGCUCAGGUCGCGCUCCGCAGACAGCAGGCGCAGGAGGAGAACGAGGCGAGAGAGCUCCAGCUGCUCUACGGCACAGCAGAGGGUCUGGCCCUUGCCGCUGCCAACGGCAUCAUACCUCCCCGGCAAAACUACGAGGUCUUCGGCCCAGUUAGCAACGAAUCAAACUCUGGAGAAUCAAAUAUCCAAAAGUUCGAGCUGUUCCCCAAGACACCUUUACCAGGAACGGUGACACCACAUCAGGCGGCUGGAAAGUCUGUAUCCACCGACACCGAAUCCGUUCCUGGCAUGUCGUCUCCAGAUAUGCGCCACGGCUCGGGUUCGGAAAACGGCGACCGAGAGUCUAUCGUGAGUUCCCCGAUAGCCAAACCACUAAAAGAUGGCGAGGAGACGCCAGGCUCAAUCAGUCCCAUCGGCUCAGACUCCGGCUCCGACACGGAUAAAGAUGAGCAGGAGCCCUCGCCCUCUUCCGCGGCAUCACGACAGAUGAACGCCAUCGACAUCCUAACGAGGGUUUUCCCUAACCACAAGCGUAGCGUCCUGGAGCUUGUGCUUCAGGGAUGCGGGAAAGAUGUGGUGCAGGCCAUAGAGCAAAUCCUAAACAACAGCGGUCAAGCCAAGGGUCCAGAGGAGACCUGGACGGCGGAGAGGAUGCUGCAGAGCGUGCAGCCAACCAUGUCCUCCACCCCGCGGCCUAUGUUACCUGGAACCAUGACGCUCAGCAAUAGAUCUGCUUUCUCUCCCCUGCAACCCAACGCGCCACACUUCGGUUCCGACCCGAGCACGUAUCCUCUCAGUACACAUUUGGGCCUGAACCCUCUCCGGCUGGCAUACUCGGCUCACAGCAGAGGCCUGGCCUUUAUGGCACCAUACUCCACCACAGGUCUGAUGCCAACACUGGGCUUCAGGCCGCCAAUGGACUAUGCCUUCAGUGACUUAAUCAGAGACAGGACUCUCUUACAUAAAGACCAGAGCUACACCAAUGGACUGUACGGUCCUCUGGUCAACAACACUCAAGAGAAGCAGUGAGAUGGUGUUUCCCAAAUAUAGACAAAAGUGUUUCAUGUCUUUAAAGACUAAAAUAAAUCAUCAUCCCUAAAGAC